AGAUCGGACUUCUCUCGUGCGCGCACCUCGCUCGGCUUCCUCUGCAGCCAUGUCUGACGAACCCGAUAUGGCUGAGAUUGAGAAAUUCGAUAAGUCGAAAUUGAAGAAGACAGAAACGCAAGAAAAAAAAAACAACCCACUGCCUUCAAAAGAAACGAAUGAACAGGAGAAGCAAGCAGGCGAAUCGUAAUGAGGCACGCGCCGCCAACAUG